AUGAUCGAGUGCGAUGUCUGCAAGGACUGGUUCCAUGGCAGCUGUGUGAAAGUGGAGGAGCAUCAAGCUGUCGACAUUGACUUGUACCAUUGUCCAAACUGUGCCAUAUUGCAUGGAGCCUCCCUGAUGAAGAAACGAAACAACUGGCACCGACAUGACUACACUGAGACUGCAGAUCCUGUUAAAAAGAUACAGGCAGGAACGCCGGUUUUCAUCAGGGAGCUCCGAGCACGACAUUUUCCAAGUGCCAGUGAAAUCCUCAUCAAGCUGCACGGUACCCAGCUGACGCACAAAUACCUAGAAAAGCAUGGGUUUGAAUUUCCCAUUAUGGUGUCUAAAAUAGAUGGACUUGGAAUUUCUCUCCCAUCAAGCACCUUUUCUGUCAGGGAUGUGCAAGAGUAUGUGGGUGGUGAGAAGGUGAUCGAUGUGAUCGAUGUGGCUCGGCAAGCUGAUUGUAAGAUGAAACUGCAGGAGUUUGUAGACUAUUACACUGCUCUCCAUCGAACCAAAGUAUUAAAUGUCAUUAGCUUGGAAUUUUCUGAUACAAAGAUGUCGGAGCUGGUGGAAGUUCCUGAUAUUGUUCAGAAGCUCUCCUGGGUAGAGAAUUACUGGCCAGAGGAUUCCUUUUUUCCCAAACCGUGCGUUCAGAAGUACUGCUUGAUGGGAAUGGAGGAUAGUUAUACUGACUUCCACAUUGACUUUGGGGGGACCUCUGUCUGGUAUCAUGUACUGUGGGGGGAAAAGCUGUUUUACUUGAUAAAGCCAACUGAUGCCAAUCUUGCACUAUAUGAAAGUUGGAGUGGUUCUGUUAACCAGAGUGAAACGUUCUUUGGAGACCAGGUGGACAAAUGCUUCAAGUGCAUCCUACAGCAGGGACAGACACUCUUCAUUCCCACAGGCUGGAUUCAUGCUGUCCUCACCUCCAAGGAUUGCAUGGCUUUCGGUGGAAACUUCUUGCACAACCUCAACAUUGGCACACAACUCAGAGUUGCUGUUGAAGCCAAACCAAUGAAUAUUUUCAUGACAGAAUUAGACAUGCUUGUUGGUGCUAACGGGACGGAAGAGUAUGGCAGAGAAAAAAUGCGAGAGGACAGUUGCCAACCACAGGAAUACCUAAUAGAAGGAGUCAAGGCACUAAUCCCCACACUUAAAUGCUGGAUUCAGAAAGAGGGCUUGAUUGACCGCCCAUAUGAAAUCCCAGAUCAUAUCAGACCAGGGCAGCUGAUCAAAGAACUCGGCAAGGAAAUUCGCUUUGUGGAGGAGAUGAACACAGGAAAUAAACCCAUAAAGUCUCAGGGAAUCACUGCCACAGUGCCAGCCACACGAGUCACUCAGGACAAAAGUUCCCCCUCCACUAUAAGCCCAGGCAAGAGGAAAUGUAGGAGGCUGAGAGACCCCUCAAACAGGAUACACUCGGACCUGGACAUUCUGGAGCUCCACACUCGAGCUGUGUUGAAGAAAAUGGAGAUGGCUCAGUGGGGUGAGGACAAUAUGUCUAGCUCCACAUUGAGAGUAAAGAUCAGCAAAUCCUCAUCACCAUCUUCAGGAGCUGAGAAAGGCCCCAGUGACAAUAACUUGCAAUUGGUCCUUUCAAAAGGGAGGAUUAUUAGUCAUAACAGGGAUGAGUUAGAGUUCGAUCAAUGCAGCACAGACAGUGAAGCUGAAGAAGAGGACCAGUCAGAUGACCGGUGUAAUAAGCUACAUGAAGCAGAUAGCUCUGAUUGUGAGGACGAGAAAUUAGAAUCUCAAAAUCCAUUGAACAGGUUUUUCGAAAGUAUGAAAACUGAACUCGGAGACGGAAUGUCCAAAUCCUCUGACCUCUCUGACUCUGAUGUCGAGAUGAAAUACAGCCUGCAGAGAGCAGACUCUAGAAGCGAGGAAUCCCAUUGGUCAUCUGGAAGUGAGAAUGGGUUGACAAUCCAGUCAGAGGCUGAGGGGUCACAGCAAGUGCUAGAUAAGCCCAGGACGAGUCUGAAGCGUUGCAAGAAGGACAGCACAGUUGAGAGAGAAUGGUUGCCAUCUCAGAGCACAGCAGAGACCAUCCAGGGCAUGCUCUCAAUGGCAGCCCUGCAAUACUCAGACCUUCGCAACAAUCAAAGAAAGAAUAGUGACAGCAUGGAUAAAAGAAACCUUCCAAGGUCACAAGACAUGAAAACUAAUCAGAGGGAGGAAGAAGAACAGAUCCCACAGUCCAGGCCAGCAGAGUGUGUUGGGCCUGUGAAACAGGAAGCCGCUGAGAGCAGCAGUGAAUUGGUGAACCAUGAAGCGAGAAGCUUACUGAGAACAGCAGCCAAACUCUCUGAAGAGGUAUGGAAGGAACGAAAACACCUUGGAAAAGAAGCCUCAGUGAGGCAAACAAUUCAGGAAAAGAAGAAUUUGAUGGGAGAACAUGAGGACAAUGAGGGUCAGAUUCCUACCGAUUCUCUGAGUGUAGUGUAUAGGUCAUCAGCUGAUCACGUCUGGGGAGACUGUGAGAUUCAUAACAGCGAGAGCCUGGAACACAUCCAUUCUGUCAUGCCAACAUCUCCAUCCAUGCAUCCAUCCAGCAAGAGGACCCUGUCCAAUCCACCCCCUGUGAGCAAUCAGGCAACAAAAGGUAAGCGCCCAAAGAAAGGGAUGGCAACUGCAAAACAGCGACUGGGAAAGAUUCUGAAGUUGAACAGAAGUGGCCGCCUCUUCCUUUAGAAUAAUAGUAUUCCAGACCAGCAGUGGUCCAAAGAGGGUCCUGGUCCGACUGCACAUAUGGCCACCUUUCGGGUAAACUGUGCCUCAGGAACAAUUCCCCAGAGAACACUGUUGAAGCACAGACAAGCAAUAAUGGUGGAGCUGGACCUUUGGAGGAGGGGCUGGGGAGAGAGAGGGAGGACUGAAAUUAUGGAACUUUUACCAAUGUUCAGGGCUUGCAGACAUUUUUUAGAGACUGGUAUUCUGACUUACUGUUGUCAUGUAAUUUAUUUCUUACAGAUUAUUUGAUGCAUUUUGACAGCUUUGAAUGAUUUUUUUAAAAAGAUAACUAUUUAUUGAGGGAUUUGUCUGAAUAACUUCAACUAAAUGACAAGCUAGAUAUAAAACAUUGAACCAUAUAUCCAGUGGAGAAUUUCUUGUUUUAAUUGUUUAAGUGAAGAAUUGCUGUCUGUCUGUCUGUCUGUCUCUUCGCUGACUUUCUCUGUCCACUGCACACCCCCUGCCCCAUCUGUCGCCUUCCAAGAUGUCACUUAUCCACAGCAGAGUUUGUGUUCAGUUUCCAGUUGAAGUGUCUUGGAUGAAGCACCAUUGUGCAGUAUCUGUUCACAACCCAAGGAUGGGAUAUGCUUAGAAAGCUGAUAAGUGUUUGGAAAGUUGAUUAUUUGACUUCUGGGUAUAGUAUUUGUAGACCUUAUUUCAGUAAUAGUUGUGAUGCUAAAAGAAUUGGCCUCAGAGGAUCUUAGUUAUUGUUUGCCUCAUAUCAAUCUGACUUUGAGUAUUCUGCAGAGAUCCUACUUAUGGAAACUGUCCACCACCGAGGUGCCUCAGGUCUCACUGUGAUAACAACUGUGGUGCAGACUUUAUUCUAUUAUGGAAAUCUAUGUUGUUGAUGACCUAAUUGAUAUUUUUGGGGUAAGCUAUGCUGGAUCUUCUUGUUAGUGGUGACCUUUUGAAAUAGGUAACUGCUGUAGUUUCUAUUAACUUCUAAUAACAAAGUUGGAAGUGUAGAUGCUUGUCUAGGUGAGGGCAAUUUAUAUCACUCUGAUCGUGAAACUAAUUCAUGACUAACAAUACAAGGGAUGAUAUCUGAAUUUUAACUCCAAAGGAAGCUUUUCUAUUCGAACAGGCUGUGUAUCCAGAUUAAGAUGCAUCUUCUGCAUAUCCAUGGUGAUGACUCUACAGUUAUGUCCACACCUCAACAGACCACCCCCAAUCUCUUCAUCUCUGAAAUAUUCUUUCUGCUGAAGCUGCUGUACACUGUAGGUUAGAAUGAAUCUGUCCUGGAUCAGUUAGAAUCAAGGAUUUGUAGGCAAAUAUGUAAUCAAACAAUCUAAAGAGGCAAUAGUUCAGGUACAAUCAAAGUACAUUCCUACCACAGAGAAAGAUGGGACAAACUAAUUCAGGCUCUAGGAUGGUGUUGUAGUCUGAGCUGAUGUUGCAACUUGACAGGUCAGUUCCCAGAAUGAAAUCUGACUUAAUAAGUCAUAUUUUGCUUUGUUUUUAAUUUAAUUUAGUGGUCUUAAAAAGUCCAGUCUGCAGAUUUUGUUUCAACAAUGAAACAGAAUGUUAUACAAAACAUUUAGAACAAACCAAGCUAUCUCAGUAUAACAGUUUAAAAUAUCUCAAAUACUUGCCAAAACAAAAUUCCAUCAACUCUCCCCACACCACUACUUUACAGUUUAUUAAAGUCCAGACAUUUUCCUUCCCUAUUUAACUUGUAGGCUAACUUAACUGCUUCCUUCCUCUUCCUGUUCUAUGAGCUGCAAAGCCUUUACUUUGACUCUCAUAUCCGAGAUCUUUAGACUUUCUCAACUUUGAAUAACCAAUGCAGAUUUCUAGCCAAACAUUCCUUUUCUGAAAAUUUUCACAAACCAAUACCUUUACCUGAACUAACUUAUUUCCUUAACUGCUCUGAACAACUCCUUUUUCUUGUAGAGACGAUUCUGACCUGUGACUUUGGUCAGGGCUCUUUCGAACUGAAUUCUAAAGCUUUUAACUAAUUACUGUAAUUAUGCUGUCUCUAGACUGUGCUCAAGCUUGUUGCCAAUUCUGGACUGUGCACGGACACACAUUGCACCAACUCUGGAUUGCAUACUCACAUGCUGACUGGAUUGUACCGAUUCUCGGACUCUGCACACUGCACUGACUCGGAUAACGCUCAUCCACUCUGGUGAUGCUGGACUGUGCGUGCACACCGGGCUGACUCAGGAUAGCACGUGCAUGCACACUGUGCUGGCUUCGAAUUAUGCACACUGCGCCAACUCAAGACUGUACAUGCAAUGUGCUGACUCUGAACUGUACGUGUACACACACACACACACACACACACACACACACACACACACAUGCACACACACUGUGCCAGUGCUGGUCUUCACUCACUCUCUAUGCCAACACUUGCCUAGAUGCACAGGUAUUGUACUGACUGCUCACUGAAUUUGAACACUGUGCUGACAAUGGAUUAAAUUCACACACCAUUCGUUCAUUCGCAGUCCCACACCGAUAAAGAUGACUCUCUUCCACUCUCCGGGUGAGUCCGUAGAUGGCUGUACAGACCGAUACGGCUACUACAGGCUCUGUUACACUUGGGACAGAUGAUGGUCUCAGGAAAGGGUGGUUAGAGCGUUGACAUGGCAGCAUGCUCCUUUCACUGUUUUCACCUGGCUUUUGCUUUUUCCUGACAGCAAGUUCCCAGAUGCUGCUCCUCCACUUUGGAUGGUUUUGGGCCAGCGAUUCCCAGGUGUCUUUGGGAAUGCAACACUUUGCCAGUGAGGCCUUGAGGGUAUAACAAGCACUUCCUCUGACCACUUGGGGCUCGUCUGCCAUUUCAAAGCUGGGAAUGGAGCACCUGCUUGGGGAGUCUCGGUAUACCCAUGUUGGACUGAGUUCACACACCGUACCAACACUGGACUGCAGAUGCACAGUACUAACUCUGUACUUGGUACAUGUACAGCACCAAAUGUGGUCUCUGAAUACACAGUGCUGACUUAGUAACUUUUCUGUAAUCCAUGCAGACUUGUAUAACCUAUCUGGUUUAGAAACUAACACCACCAUGGACUCCAAUUGUUUCUGCCACAUUUAAUCAAUUAAAUGAUUUGCUUGCACGUAUUUAAUCUAUUUCCACCUACGGUUGAUUAUCUGGGCUGAAUCGAUAAGGAUGUUGUUUUACCAGUACUGAUUCACCAUCAUCCACAUCUAGCUUGCCUCGCAUGGUACAUCUGAUGUAUAACUAUAGAUUUCCUUGAGCUUCCUGUACUUCCACUACACUUACCACCUGAUGUACUUUCUCUUUCUUAUCAUCUUCUCUGUGAUAUCACUUAAGCAAUCAUGCAACAUUAUCAAUUUUUCUUUGUGGUCAGGAGUACCCACCAGAUAAGUCACUUUACUAGCCCUCCUAAUUAUCUUGAAUGGACUAUGAAUCUUACCCUCAGGCAUUUAUGAUGCAAAGAUACUUAACACUGACAUCUUGUCUUCACUGAUAAAAUGUCAAAGGUUUGAGAUGUUAACAGUUAUAGCUUUCGUUGGUGAGCAAUUAAUAUUUUUGGCUGACUGAGAGAUGUUAGUUAACUUUUCCUGGAAAUAGUCUUUGAGCUUCAAUUUAAAUUUUGUAAAGAAAUUAAUUUCAGGAGUUCCUUUCAUUCCCAUGGUUAUAUUUCAGUUCAAAAGGACUGAAACAUGGGUGGACUGCUAUGAGCUUGCUUAAUGGCAAACAGUAAAUUUAUCACAAUUGUUUCAAUAUUUCUGAUAAUAAGCACUAAUCUUGGUCUUCCAGGGUGGUACAGUGACUCAGUGGAUAGCACUGCUGCCUCACAGUGCCAGGGACCCAGUUCGAUUCCACCUUCGGGCCGACUG